AUGAAUGAGAAUAUGAAUGCUACGGGACUGAACGCCAUUGCAGUGACAGCUACAAACGAAAGUGAUGAGUUAUCCGUUUCCGGUGACUUCAUUAGUAAUGCCACUCUACAAACUAUUAUGAAGGCAACGUACAGCGGCGUUAUCCCGACAAUGGCGGUGGUGGGCCUUGUCUUUAACGUUUUCAGCUUUGUUCUGCUCUGUCCAAUGAAAGUACGAACUUCUACAAACGUGUAUCUGAUUGGUCUAACUGUGUGUGACGUUUGGAUCUUGCUCUGUGGUCUCGCGUUUUGCUCGAUGUCGAUACUUGAUCUCCAUGACUGUUUUUUGGCUGAACGUAUCCGUAUCUUGUUGGUCCCGUUAUUUGUCUCGUACAUCAACCCACUUCCGGGCUCCAUUAGUAAUUACCUGGUCACUCUGAUAGCUGUGGACCGGUUUGUUGCAGUGGUAUUUCCGUUAAAGGUUCGAGUGUUUUGCGGUAGACGAUUCGCUAUCGCAGCUGUCAUAGCCGCUUACGUCAUUCCGGCCAUUGUCUCCGCCCCUCUGGCUUUCUUGUAUGAGAACAAGGAAAUGAACAACACGGACACUGGUGAGAUUGUUGAUACGGUAUCAUUAACCACAUUCGGUAAAGACAAAUGCACGGUUAGAAUACUGAAUAUCGCCAUAGAAGUAGUAUUACGCUUCACGCCUGUAGGCUUGGUGGCAGCAGCAAGUACCGGUACUAUAAUCUCACUCAUAUACCAGUCCAGGAAGUCCCAACUGCGCAAGCACAACCUCCCUGCACAUACCCGGGAAAUCCAGGUUACUAAAACAAUACUGAUAUUGACGAUUGUGUUUCUCAUCACCAACCUACCCAGUGCCAUUAACCGCUGUGUGAUAUUCCUCCGCUCCGAUGUCUAUACAGCCCAGAGACAAGACAACCUUCAGUGGAUGCUUAUGGUGUUCUGGUACAUCUGCUUCAUAGCGAAUUCUUGCAUUAAUUUUCCUAUCUACAUCAUAGCAUGUAAGGAAUAUCGGCAACAGUUUCAGAAAAUCAUGUGUUCCCCAUGA